AUGGACUCCAUUAGAAACCCACAAAUUACUACAGCCAUAGAACACAUAUCCGAGUCAGUGUUUGUGGGACUGUGUCAUAUAGUGGGGACCUCACGACUGGUGACCAUGAGGAGAGAUAUGGUGGACAUCAAGGAGAUGGUGGGAAAUCAAGUGACAACAAGUGAUGAGUGGAGUGGGAUGUUGAGUGGAAGUCACAGAGAAGGAUUUAGACUGGAAGGAUCAGAUGUAGACUAUAUGAUCUGGCCAAAUAAUUACCGUGUGAUCUGGAAAUUAUCUCAGACUCAGUAUUACAACACACAAAGACAAACACUGAUCCUCUGUGACUGUUCUGAUAGUCCACCAGGAUUUACUUUGUUAUAUUUACUGUCACCUAGCAUGGACAGAGAAAUCCGGGGAUCUUGUGUAAGAAUGAAUAGCAGAUAUUAUGUAUCUAGUUCUAAAUACAGACAGAUCAUGUGUUCUGCAUCACUUGACUCCACUCCACAUGGACCCUGUGCCAGUAGAAGAAUUGGAGCACAAGAAUUUGAUAACGCCCUCUCUUUUGUUUGUGACUUUUGGCCUCCAUCUGCCUCCUCAUGGAUAGACAGAUGUCACUCAUGGCCACAGCCUCAUGUUGCUGAUGAUAUAGUGAAAAAUGGAUGUCACUUUGUAGCAAUUGGACAUAAGCUAGGAAGACAUGAAGAUCAUGAAUGGCGAAUAUCUUUCUCUUUGGCUGAACAAAAACUUGUGUAUGUAAUGAACCACUGUCAAUUCUUAACUUACGGCUUACUUAAAUUGUUUUUAACAGAAAUAAUGAACAAUGGACUGGAUGAUGAAGAUAAAUUACUGUGUUCCUAUCACAUGAAGACAGCAGUUUUCUGGGUGAUUCAACAAAAUACAAUACCUCACUGGUGUCCGCAAAAUCUCCUGGAGUGUUUCUGGGUCUGUUUUAAACUCAUCCUCAAAUGGGUGUAUGAGGGGGUCUGUCCUAACUUUUUCAUUCCAGGCAACAACAUGUUUCUAAGUAAAAUUCAUGGCGUCAAACAACACCAAUUAUUUUCAAGACUGUACGGGAUGUAUGAGAGGGGAUUCGAAUUUCUGCUACACAGUCUAUACAGUCUCUCCAUUAGGUCUUGUAUUAUAGACUUCCUCCAAAACCCAGAAAACUCUAUUGGUAUAGAAGAUUAUACUCUGAUUUCUGAGGCUGAUUUUGAUAGAUUGCUAUUUGGUGAAACACUACGUUAUUACUUAAUACAGAAAUUGGACAUACAAAGCUGCAUAAGAUUCAGAUAUCUACAAACAAUAGAACAGAUGAUAGAAUCUCCAAUCUUGACGCAGUAUCAAGUCGUUAUGCUACAGAACAUUACUGCUUUCGUCCUUCAGAGUACUGCUUUUAUAUUACAUAUGGGAACUUACACACUUCAAAACAAACUGAGGUAUAGAGCUGACAAAAUCUCCUGUUACAUGCUGAAAUUAGCAGCCAAGUUUGGUUGUAUUACUGACAUGCUGUACAUAGCCAUGUAUUAUUACAAGACGCUUAGAUACAAGGAAGCUUUAUCUAUUAUAGAGAUUACCAAGGUCAAAUUAGCACAGCCUUAUGUGAUGUAUCACGAUUAUUUGAAUACAGAGAUGUAUACUGAGGCUGUAGGGGGACAGUCCUGGUCUGCAAAAAUGAGACAGGCUUUAGCAUCGGAUAUCAGACUUGACAUUAGAAUCCAUUACAUCAUUGAACUUAUACCUGAACAACAGUCUGCUCUACAGAAUACUUGCCGUACAUUAUAUAUCCCACCCUAUAUACUGUUAUACAUGCUAGAGAUUUUGUGCUACAGACAAGAAAACACAAUGAGAGCACAGACAGCUCUAGAUAAUCUACAGACCCUAAUUGACUUUGAACAGAGACAGCUUAUACCUACAAUAAACAGAGACAUAUCGUGGCAGAUUCUAGGGAUCUGUCAACAGGUGACAGGGAACCUCCAGGCUGCUUUAUACUCAUACCAACAAUCUCUCAAACAAGAACCAUUCAACAAAAUACAAACAGCUACAGGAAUGAGAAUACAGGAAAUUUGUCAAUGGAAUCCCUCAAUUACUUAAAUGAAAGACAUCUGAAGGAGAUCACCAGAUUAUUUCUUCUGGUUUCAUUUUUUCUUUAGUCAGU